AUGGAAGAUAUAUUGGUCAUCAUGAAAACCGGCGUUACAGAAGCUCUGGAGAAAGUUCCCAUGCAUUUGGAGACCACACUUAGUUGCGUGCCACACUUCGCUAUAUUUUCUGACUUUGAGGAGGAUAUUUCAGGAGUGCAGACCUACGAUGUCCUGCGUACUGUCAGUAAAGAUGUCAAACGCUUCAAUCCAGACUUCGAACUCUACAACAGAAUCAAAAAGUUAGGGAGGGACGGAUUAAGGCCAAGCGACUUGAUGAUGGAUGAUGUGAGCGGGCCGUCCGGAAAACCGAACAAUCCCGGGUGGAAGCUCGAUAAGUGGAAAUUCAUCCCUAUGAUUGACGAGGCGCUAGAAGUUCGGCCGGAUGCGAAAUGGUUUGUUUUCAUGGAAGCGGAUACAUAUAUAGUUUGGCAGAAUCUCCUUGCUUGGCUUGAAAGGUUCGAUCCUUCAAAACCGUAUUAUCUGGGCACAGAGAUGCUGUUAGGAAACAUAUUAUUUGGCUAUGGCGGGUCUGGAUUCGUCAUUUCUAAUUCAGCAAUGGAGAAAUUUUCGCAGUAUAGGGCUUCUAGAGCUACACAGCUGGAAGAUUACACCGCACAUCAGUGGGCAGGAGAUGGAAUUUUGGGGAAAGCCAUGGCAGAUGCCGGUAUCCCUCUUACCAAGUCAUGGCCAAUGCUGCAAACAGCAAGAGUAUGGGAUCUCAAUCAUUUUGCAGAGCCGUGGUGUUAUCCCGUGGUCUCUUAUCAUCAUAUGACUCCAAGCGACGUGGAAAUAAUGUGGAGAUUCAGCCAACAGUGGUUCAAAAACAACACCAGCUCGAUUCUUCUCCACCAAGAUGUGUUUACGCGCCUCAUACAGCCCGGUCUGUCGUCCCCGCGGGAUAAUUGGGACAACUUCUCAGAAGAGGAACACAAUGUACCGUCAGAGGAUCAGUGCAAGGCGCUUUGCGUGGACAAUUCGGCAUGCCUGCAAUACUCUCACAGGUCCGGUAAAUGCUUCACUUCCAGAACGGCAAAGCGGGGGGUCUCGACCUCCUCUUGCAAAUCUGGCUGGAUACCGGACAGGAUCAGACAGCACGCCGAGAAGAUGGGGUCAUGCGAGAAACUUGAAUGGAUUCGUUGA